AUGUCUGCAGUGCCCCCUGAGGCGACCCUCUUUCGAGGCAAGAAUGGAACUGUCGUGUGCAGGGCAGCUGCAGGGAGGCCAGCGGCGCAGAUCUCCUGGACCCCAGCGGGAGAUUGUGACACUGAGGAAGAGCCACUGGGCAAUGACACAGUGACUGUGCAGAGCACGUGCCUCUGGGAGGACCACCCGGUGUCCACUGUGUCCUGCUCUGUGUCCCAUCUCACUGGCAACCAGAGUCUGUCCAUAGACCUAAAUUCAGGAGACCAGUCAUCACUAAAUUUAAAUAUUGUAUAUAUCUCCUUCUUUACUUUGAUUAUCUUGAUCAUUGUGGGAUCCAUUUGCCUUUUGAAACUUGGUGUCUGCAGGAUGAAAUGCAAUCCUAUGCCAGUGACACACAGAAGAACAAUCUAUGACACUGUGAACAGAGUGAAGAGGUCUGAGGUGUUACAAAGUGAAGUUGAUGGGCUAUGUCUCCAUACUUCAUAAGUUACUGGAAUCUAGCACCAGGACAAAUGAAUAAAGAUACAGUAAAGCUACUCUUUUGAUUUUCUUAGAAUUCUAGAAUGGAGAAUAUAAUCAGUCUUUAAGAUGUUUUAUAACAACACAAGCAGAGCUAUUGCAUUCAUUUGAAUGGUUACAGAAAAUUCCAUUUUAUGGUUAUGUAAAAAUUUAGUUAACCAUAGACCUAAUUAUGGACAUUUAUAGGAUUUAAAUUUUAUUUGUUUGCUUUGCUAUUAUAAACAAUACCACAUAGAGAUAUCUCUUUGCAUUUGAUUGAGUACAUUUGUAUAAUAAUUUCCUUGAGAGGAAUUGUGCAUUUUCAUUAUUGAUUGAUAUGUCAAAUUGCAUUAAUUUACAUUCCUUUCAACUGUGUUUGAAUGUGUCUUUCCCUAUACCAUUACUUUUAUAUCUGUAAUAUAAGCCAUUUCUUGUUUUUAAUCAACCAUUUAAUUAAUAUGAUGUCAGAGUAUAAUAAGAACUUCACUGCUUAACAAAACUGGGUUUAUGUUUUCUGUCAUGUUUAUGAGAAAGAGCAGGGAUGAGAGAGAGGGAACACAUGUGAGCAAUUAGUAUUCUGAAAGCCUUAUAUGGCUGUAGAAAUAUUGAUAACUAAUACUUGCACUUGUGAUAAAUUGAGAAUGUGUAUUUUUAUGGUGUACAUUUUAUGGUGAGACAUUGAGCAAGUAACAGAUGUUGAUUGACUAUGUAAGCAGCUAAAUAUGGACUAUGAAGAAUUUGGGUAUCCAUAAAAUAUGGUCCAUAUGAUAAGAGGAUAGAUAAGAGGUGACAUGACAUUCCCCUAUUGUUUUAGUGGAAUACAGUAUUAAUCAUGUGUA